CCCAUCCACGUGACAUGUCCAACGACUCUUUCUCCUGCACGAUAUGAGCACUCAGGCAGUACCACUGCUACAGACCAUUGAACCGGACGACCCGUCCGCAGAGAACGUGCACAAGCCAAAUGCUGCUCCUCAACAGAGGCAGGAAUCUCGCUGCCAGCUCAACGAUGGCUCUGCACACCCAGCGGUGCUGCUCUGCCUGUACUUCUUCCGAGUAUCAGCCAUUUCGGUCUACGUCCUCUGUGGCCUCUUCACUGAUAACUACGUACUCUCUACUGUCGUAGUCGUCGUGCUCCUUGCAAUGGAUUUUUGGAAUUGUAGGAAUGUUGCCGGCCGUAGACUGGUCGGGCUGCGGUUCUGGAAUCAGAUUGAUGAAGAUGGCGAGAGCUACUGGGUCUUUGAAAGCAGAGAUCCGUCCCGUCCCGCAAACCCCGUUGAUUCAAGGCAGAUCGCCAUUUACGUCUUCCCUGUGUGCUGGCUGCUGCUAUUCGUGAUAUCUAUCGUGAGAUUCAAUCUUUCCUUCAUACCGAUCGUGGUACUUGCGCUAGUGUUUAAUAUCACGAAUGCAGUAGGUUUUACCUAUGCUGAUAGAGAUGCCAAACAGCGGGGCAUUGCUAGUUCAGCCUGGAAUGUGGGUAUCGGUGGGCAGAUCAUGUCCGGUGUUGUUAGGAAUAGCAUCGGCAAGAUUUUUGGAUAGAUGGCCACAUGCUAGCUUCCAUCUUCAAAGACGAGUAUGUUCAUUACCCAGAAUUGCAAGUAGUUGCUCCAACAGACCU